UUAUUUUCAAAUUUUUAAUAUUUAUUUUUUAUUUUAUAAAAUUAUAAAUCACAAUCUCAAAUCUCCACCCGUCAACUCUAAACCCUAAGGUUUGGAUUAGUUAAUCUUAAGGGUAUAAGUGUAUAUUUACCUCUUUAAUGAAACAUUUUGAUCUUUAGAAUUUAUAUUUGUGAUAUAAAUUUUUUUAGUGCUAUCCUAGGGUAUUUUCCGUUUGUUAUUUCAAAGCUUUUUUUUUUAUUUAUGUCUCCUUUAACACAAUGAUUAUUAUUUUUCUCAAAAAUAAUAAAGAAAAUUAGAGCAUAUGCUUGAUCUUCUUUUUGCCUUUAACUCCAAGAAAGUGACUUUAUGUGUGUCUUGAUGACCCAUACAUGACUCAUCCUUUACAACAAAGGUCUAGAGUCUCAACAAUUCAUAGCUUUGUUUUAACUGCCCCUUGUCUCUUUGUCUUUCCCUUUAAAUAACCAUCCCACCACACAGUUUCAUCAUCACCAUCACCCUCAAUCUCUCUCUCUCUCAAGAUCAAGAUUCAAGAUCAUUACGCAGUCUUCCAAGAUCAUGAAAAUGAGCAGAGUCCACCAACAAGUUCUUGCAUUCCCAGCAGUCAAGACUUCUCCGGCAGGUUACUUGCCUGAUCCAGCUUCCAUCAACAAGCUCCAAAUCCCACCUCCUUCCAAGAAAUCUGAACAAAGCAAGAAAAAAUCGAUUCUCCGAACCAAUAGCUUCACGAGCGGAGCUAGAGAUCAGAACAAGUUAGCGCCAAAGCUGACCGAAACAGUCAAGAGAAAGCUAUCCUUAGGAGCUAAGAUCAUUCAAAUGGGAGGCUUAGAGAAGAUUUACAAGAGGCUCUUUAGAGUCUACGAUGAAGAGAAACUCUUCAAAGCCUACCAAUGUUACCUGUCAACAACCGCAGGUCCCAUCGCAGGCUUACUUUUCAUCUCAUCAAAGAAGAUUGCUUUCUGCAGUGAGAGAUCUAUCAAAGUGGCUUCACCUCAGGGAGAUCUCACUAGGGUUCACUACAAAGUGUCGAUCCCCUUGUGCAAAAUCAAGGGAGUGAACCAGAGUAUGAACACAAAGAAACCAUCUCACAAGUACAUUGAAGUAGUCACGGUCGAUGACUUUGACUUCUGGUUCAUGGGCUUCAUGAACUAUCAGAAAGCAUUCAACUGUCUCGAGCAAGCACUUUCUCUCGAGCAAUAACAAGCCGAAGGUUGAAGAGGAAAUAUUUCAUUUCUAAUUUAACCUAUUUUUCAAUCCAAGAAUGUUAGGAGCAAGCCUAGAAAAUUCAGACAAUAUUGUACAAACUCUUUUUUUUUUUAAAUUAAAACUUUAAUGUUAUUGUUAUCCAUUGUUGACAAGAGCAUGAAACUGCAUAUAUUUACAGACAUCAUUGAUAUCUUCUCAA